AUGAAGACUACAACGAUGUUCUGGACCGUUGCCGGGCUCAUCGGCGCCGCAGCCGCCGUCCCGGCACAAGCUAGCUCCGAGACACCCUCGCCCACCACCAGCGGCCCGGCCCCAACCUGCACGGCGGCCCUCGUCACCAAGCUCUGCGACUACCCUCAACCAGGACCGGAUUUUGCCAUCGCCUACGACAAAGAAUCGUGCUGGCAGUACUGCAACGCCCACGGCCCCUGCAACUUUGUCAUCUUCGCUGCCGGCAACCCAAACACGGGCAGCGGCACCUGCUGGCUGUACCCCGGCGAGACGUUUGACGCGAGCAAGGGCAGGGGAUCGGGCUGCGCCAAUCCCUACCUGUCCGUAUACGACAAGCCUACAUGCACCGGCGGUGCAUCCACAGGGCCCGGCGAUGGUGUGCCGAGCCAGUGCUCCGCGGCCGUGGCCACGCCGUCCUCGCUGGCCGAGAUCUGCGGGUACCCCACGCCGCCCGACGGCUGCUUCGCCGGCUGCGCAGCGAGCCGCAGCGCGUCCGAGUGCCUGGCCCAGUGCGCAAAGGCGGACGCGUGCAGCUACGUCGUCUUCAACCCGGGCAACCCCUCCAAGUCGCCGUACUCGUCGGGCAACUGCUGGAUGUACCCCGAGGGCACGUACGACAGCAGCAAGGGCGAGACGUGCAGCGGCAAGCCGGAUCAAUACGUGUACAACAACACCUGCCCGCGACCGUCGCCUACGACAUCCAAGGCGUCCUCUUCGACAGGAGGCAUGGGACACGCUGACGGGGCAAUGGCCAACAAGGCCGGUGGUGCAUCGACGACGACGAGUGAUAAUGCAGCACCCACUGGGGUUGUGCUGAGCCACGGCUUGGUAGUGGGCGCAGCAGCGUUGGCAUGGAAUGCGCUGUAG